AUGAGAAUAAGAAGCGUUCCCGCUGCUGCCGCAGCACUGAUGCUCGUCUCCGUGGCCGUGGCCGACGUGGCCGGGCUCUACGACAAGUGGACCCCCGACGAUCUACAACAGUAUUUGCAGGACCAGAAACAGACGCUGCAAAAGGCAGGCAAGGAAAAUACGGAUGUGCUUCGCAAGCACGCCGCAGCCGUGUGGCAGAAACAGAGUCAGCCCACUCCGUGGUGGAAGUUCUGGGCCUCGCGCAACCGGGUCGCCGAUUUUGCCCAGGAUCAGGACCCCAUCUCAGAAUGGUUCUUCGACACGUGGUCUGCCAAAGACCUGCGUAAGCUGCUCUCCAAGAGCAAAGUCAAAUUCAACUCGGAUCUCUCGCGCGACGCGCUAGUCGCCAAGGCCAAGGAGAGCUUCGACCAGAUCUCUUCCAAGAACAACCUGUCCGGCUUCUAUCCUUCGCAACAGUACUUUUCGUCAUGGGACGAAUACGAUCUCAAGGCGUGGCUAGACGAGUAUCACGUGCCCUACGACAAGACCAAGGCCAAGAAGGACGAACUACUGGCCAAGGUGCGCGAGAACAUCUACUCGGCUUCUCGCUUUGCAAACGACGAGCGUCUCAGUCUCUUGGAGCAACUGGACCUCGCCAACGAGCAAUUUGUGGACAAGGCUGGCAAAGUCAAGGACCAGGUUUUCAACUCGUGGUCUUCGCGCGAGAUUGAAGACUGGUUGCGCGUUCACAAGGUCAAGAUCGAGGACCAAGCGGCCCACGAUCGCAAGUACUUGCUGAACGUGGCCAAGAAGAACAAAAACUAUUUGCAAGACGAUGCCCUUUGGUACCUAGAGGCUGCUAAAAAGAAAGCCUCGCCAUUUUUGGCCAAGUCCGAGGAAGCCGUGGCCUCCGUUUGGAGUCAGACUGCCGACAAAUGGCAAGGCUUCAAAGACUACUUUACGCAAAGCGACAACAUUGUGAACCACACUUUUUUGCUAGGCGUUGAAACGUGGCCCAAGAAGCGGUUGCGGGCCUUUUUGGAUGCACGCGGAGUUUCUUAUUCUUGGUUCAGCACACGUUCUGACCUGUUGGACUUGGUCAAACAAUACCGCAACCGUCCUCUCAAGAACCUGGCUACUAUGCCCGCUGUAACGGAAUUUUUCGACGGCUGGUCUCUUGAGAACCUAAGGGAAUGGGUUAAGGACAGAAACGACGAUGUUACUUCCAGCGAUGUUUACAAAGCUGCCAGCAGUAAAGUCAGCGACAUUUUGACCGAGACUCAGCGUCAAGGCCAGAAAGCGUUGUCGUUUGCUCAGAAGAAGGGUGGUGACGCCGCAGACUACGCACAAGCUAAAGGCUUUGAGGCCGCCCAGGCCGCUGCAGACUACGCCAAGGACGCAGGUUCUGGUGCCGCCUCUUUUGCUAAGGAAAAAGGUUCUGACGCUACUUCGUACGCCAAGGAUAAGGGUUCAGAUGCUGCUGCCUACGCUAAGGACAAGGGUGGGGAUGCAAGCUCUUACGCCAAGGACAAGAGUAAUGAUGCUGCCGACUACCUCAAGGAAAAGGGCUCCGAGGCCGUUGAAAUGGUACAGCAGAAAACUGCAGACAUGGCUCAUGCUGCUCAGGACAAGGGUGCUGAAGCCUACGAUGCCGCCGGCGACAAAGUCGACGAGUGGACAUCUUUGUUCACCUCUUGGUCCACAGAGGAUUUGAGAAAUUACGCCAAAUCUUUUGGUAUCAAGACUGCUCCAACGACACCUAGGGAAAAACUUGUUGAACAAGUCAAGGAAAACACUCGUUGGUUCUUUGGGUACUACCAAGACCCCAUGUACAAGAGAGUGCCCAAGAAGAUCAGCCAGAUGAUGUCCAAUAGCUACCAGUACGUCUUCCAUCACUGA